AUUUUACUCAGUGCUUAUCUUUCCCAAAUGCGUCCAAACCAGCACGUGUGUCCAGUUCACGCGUGUUUGUGCUGAUGCGAGUCAUUGUGUGUGUGCAGCUGCGCUUUGGAACCACCACCCAUCCAAAUGAUCCUUCCAUUCAUAUUCCUCCUUGCAUCGCUUCUCCAACAUUAUGGCGCAGAAGCAGAAUCGAGUCAUGUCAGCAAGUUUCACCUUCCAAGUGUAAAAGAGCAAAACGGAGUGCAAGAUUCCAGUCAAGAAAAAGUCUUAACAGUGUCUGGAGAAGGAAUGAUCCACAGCCCAGACUUCCCACACACGUAUCCGAGGAACGUUGUGUUGGUGUGGAGACUCGUGGCAGCCGGCAACAUGAGGAUCCAGCUGAGGUUUGAUGACAGGUUUGGUCUGGAGGACCCUGAAGAUGGAAUCUGCAAGUAUGACUUUGUAGAAAUCGAAGAUCCGGCUGAGAAGACGCUCCUGGGUCGCUGGUGUGGGUCACAAUCAGCACCAGCGACCCACAGAUCUGAAGGAAGUCAGAUCAUCGUCCGCUUCAUUUCCGAUGAGUAUUUCCCCUCAGAACCAGGAUUCUGCGUCCACUACUCCAUUCUGCCUGUGAGUAAAUCCGAGGCAGACGUCCCUGCAGUCCUCCCACCGUCCCUGCAGGGUGUUGAGGAGUUGUCAGAAGCUGUGGCAGAGCUGAGCACCGUGGAGGAGGUCAUGAAGUACCUGGAACCAGAGCGAUGGCAGCUGGAUGUAGACGAGUUGUUUAAGCCGUCAUGGCAUGUGCUGGGGAAAUCCUUCAUCCACAAUAAGAAAGCAAGAGGUGCUGAUCUCAAUCUGCUGAGGGAAGACGUUCGACGGUACAGCUGCACACCUCGCAACUUCUCUGUAUCUUUACGAGAAGAGCUGCAGAGGACAGAUGUAAUCUUCUGGCCCAGCUGCCUCCUGGUGAAGCGGUGCGGUGGGAAUUGUGCCUGCUGUUCCCAUCACUGCCACGACUGCCAGUGUGUUCCUGCCAGGCUUACAAAAAAAUACCAUGAGGUUCUACUGUUGAAACAUCGGAGCGGUGGGAGAGGCCUGCUGAAGUCCAUGACUGACGUGCCCUUGGAGCACCAUGAAGAGUGUUCCUGCGAGUGUAAAGAUGACCAGGACUGA